AUGACAACAAUAAUUCGAGAUAGGCGAAUGAUAAUUGGCUGGCUUAUUUAUGCCAUAUUACACACAAUUAAGAUAGUAGGGUGCGCAAAUCCACAAUAUACGGGCAAUAACUUACAGUCAGGUACACAAUUGGCCACAAACAGCCAAUGGUCACCUAGCUGGACUUCGAGCCAGGACACAACAGUUAAUACUCUCGAGCGUUUAGAGACUUGUGAGAACCUAGAUAGCUUUAGCAUCAUUAUAUACGAGACCUCUACUGGCGCGAACAAAAACCGUUACGCACUGACAAUCGAGAUACAAGUCAAGAAUACUGACAAACCCAGAGCAACCUAUGCGGCAAACCUUAAAACCCUAAACAACCCCAGGAAAUCCGAAGAACUUGAGCUGAACAUUAAAUUCCUCUUUCCAUCACUCAAUGAUCUCGAAGUAGGAUCAGCGGCCAUCAACUAUCCAUUUAUCAACCCACUUGGCCGGAAAUUUCAUUCUCCCCGCCGUAGGCCCGCUAGUAACCAAAAUCCGAGUGAAAAGAUGAUCAACACAUUCAAAUGCAUAGCCAAGUAUCUAAACACAUAUCUUGUCAAUAGCAUCUUUAACCAAGCAUAUAUUAAAGUCACCAAUUACAGCUUUAUGUUUGGUGAUCUUACCUCGCUCCUUGAUCUUAUUACAAUCAGGUCUUCCAAGUAUCAACUCAACAUCAAAAACCUUCCAGCACCACUAUACUACAACGAGGCCACCAGUACUUUAGCCACUAGACCACACAGCACGUGUAAAGAGCUUGAGCCAAGUAGCUACAAUGGAUACAUUCAAGUACUUCCAACAAUUCUCACAAUUAACACCUCUCCACACAUGUAUCGUCCGCACAUAACCCAAAAACAGGAAACAGCUGUUAGCUACAACAUACAAGGCUUCCAAAAGGUUGUCUGGAACACAAAAGCCGCCCAAGGCAAACACAACUUCCAAGUAUCACUAACCGAAGAUUGUACCAAACAAGAAGACGACUCUAUAGUGCAAAAUGUCUUAGAUGAGCUACUUAUUCUCUUGCCAUCAACACAAAAUACUGCCGAAUACCACCCGUGCCAUUUCUACAUCGUAAACCUGCGGGAAUUAAAGGUGCUGGUAUUUUCCCUCAGUGAUGCUUCAAUCUACCAAACGCUCGAUGCACUGCUGUAUAGCUUUACAUCACUAUUGCGACCGCACGAUCGCACAGACCCAGACCUAUUUGAAAGCAUCUUGCCACAAGACACCUGCAAGACGGUAUAUGAAAACUUCGCAGACAUGAUUACCUUCUACAUGACUCGCAUCUAUAUACAAAACUGCACAAAACUCCAGGCCAUUAGUUGUUUCCCAACUACCCUCCGCAAACAUGAACUAAACACACUCGCCAUUAGUCUGUCUUAUAAACAAAACACAUCCGGCAUUGACCAUCUCAAGUUAGAAUCCCUUCCUUUGCUAGAAAGCUUGUGGCCGGCUGCCACCCUAAUCAUUGAUCUGGACCCUUUAAUCUGCCCACUACUUACCUUAUACCAAACCGAACCUAUAACGGACAUGUUCGUCGACACUGUAGUCCAGAGUUUCGAUGAUAGCAUCUGCAUGGAAUCAAAAUGCCCCAACAAACUAAACAUAAGAAACCUCUGUUUAUCUAACGUCGACUACAUCAUAAUGGGGGCAGUGUUCUAUACAUUGUUGUACCACUUUCCAAAACUUAAAUCCCUUGACAUUACCAUUGCAGCCCAUACAUCUAUUUCACUGCCGGAUUCUUGUCCAAUAUACAAUCCAGUCGACUGCAACUUAUUUGUGAUUCUAGAGUGCUGUAGAACACGAUACAACGCACAUGCCGCACUCAGUCCAUUAGAUACGCUAACUAUUCACAUUCCGGAGCUCGCGCCACUAGACAUUGUGAAUGUUCUUAGGUAUUUCCCAAUCGCCUCGACUCUUGCGUUAUGCCCAGACUACUAUAGAAUAGAACAGACCAACAUCGACGAUCAAUCCAUUGCCCUCCUAUUAUCCGACCAGCCAGAACAGCCCCCUUACACACCGCAGUACACUGAUCCAUUAUGGUUCAUGCCGAACGAUAUCUGCCUCAGCUUAGAUCCACUAACUAUUGCGCUCAACCGAUACAAUCAAUACUUUUCCAGGCUACUAAUCCAUCACUGCAGCCAUGUUGUGUUCCAACCCAUCGAAUAUAUGAGCGAUAAACGUGGCAUGAACAUUUAUAAACUCACUAAUACCAGAGCACUAUAUGAAAUAAUCAAAAUAUUAACUCAUUGUUCGAUUAACAAACGGUAUUCUUUGACCCUAAGCGCCACCUAUAUCUCUUUCAGGGUAGGAGAGUUUUAUGAAGAUAGCAAGCGCCUCAAAUACAUACGAGCCUUUACCCGAAUCUACAAGAAACUCAUACAACCUUUCAUAAACCAACCUAACGGCGGCUUCAAUAAGCAAAUAACGCCCAUCUGGAGGUUCUUCUCAAUCUAUAUUAAGCUACCUAUCUCCAUAUUGAAAAAGUGUAUUAGUAUCAAUAAUUUACCCAUCUGCACAUAUCAUCUUUACAGCAUAUCCCCCAUAGCUUUCCGAACUUUCGAUAUCCAAUUAAACGAAAUAACUGACAUACAGAAUAUCUUCUCCAGCAACACCAUUUUCUUCGAUCCGUAUGACAUGCUUAAGAUUCCUAUUAAGUCCUUUCAAGAGGAAACCAAGACUACCCAGCACACACACGAAAUGUUCGAUCAUCUCCUGCACACAUUAUACAAAGUUUCCAAACCUACCUACCUCUAUCUUACUCUCGGCCCUGUCAGUGGACCUCUUCAAAACAGCAUUCAUUUCCAUAUAAGCAAUGCUCCAACCGCCGCCCGCCGCCCGGUCAUAUCCCACCAUCACGAAAUCAUUGAUCCCAAAGCCCAACUACGACUCUUGGAAACCUCCCGCAGCCUCACCCAAUCCCAGGUCCUUUUAAAAGCCUGGCUGACAGCCGCUAUAAGCAGUGCAGCACUAGAUGGUAGAGACUAUCAAUUUUGCCGAGACAAACUCACUAGCAAACUCCCAUCACAUCAAGAACCAGCAAGCAUCACUUUAAUGUCAUGGAAAGUAAAACCUACUGAUCUAAAGACGGAUCAAACUAGGAAUAAGAUAUUUGUCCCCAUCUUCAUCGAAGCCCGCCCCGCUGUAUUCCCCAAACCAAUCGCCUCCAAGCCAAUCGCUCCCAAACCCACUGACCCCAAACCAGCAGACCCUAAACCAACCGACCCCGAAACCACCGACCCUAAACCAGCAGACCCUAAACCAACCGCUCCUAAACCAACCGACCCUACAUCCACCGAUCCUAAACCAGCCGACCCCGAAUCAACUCAACUUCAAUCAAGUGUGCUCUAA